UUGCUCAAGUUAUUCCUGUUUUAUAAUCAGGUAUGAUUAUGUUAAGUUAAGUUGUGUCUUCUCUAAGUACUGGUAGAGUCACAGUUGUUAUGUGUAACAACUGCUGUUGUGUGUGAGAGCUUUAAUAAUCAUGUUGUAUGGACACAAAGCUGUGGAACAGUAGCACCAACAUUGAUCACUUUUGGCGCCUUGGCUACUUUCCACCACACUGCUGCCUCCAUGCCUCUCAGUGCCCAGACGUGACCAUCUGCAGAAACACAGGGCUUAUCAAAGCUGAUGUGACCACAGAACAACAAUGGAAAGCAAUUCUCCUGUGUUCUUGUAUCAUAAUAAACUAAUCUCUCCUGUCCAUAAAUCACCACAAGAUUUGGUGUCAAGUGGAUCCGGAGAUACAGAGAGAAGAUGACCCCUUCUUCUAACCCUAACCCCUGACACUUCUUGAAUUUCCCUCGGGAUCAAUAAAAUAACAGUGGAGGAAAUAUCAGGAAGUGGCCCUUAAGUCAAAUACACAAAGGAGGAUGGCCCCUGACAUCCAGGCAGUGGUACGUUCUACCCAAGCCUGGCUGCAGUCCUCCUGGCACGUCCUGGCGCCCUUUGCCUGGCUCGAGGCCUGCGUGGAGUGGCUGCAGGAAGAGGCCGGAGGAGUAGGUCGUCUGUCGCAGCAGCAAAUCAACCAACAGGCGCUGGACCAGUGGCUGCUGACAGACCUGAGGGACCUGGGCUACCCUGUUCUCCCUGAAGGGCUCUCUCAGGCCCAGAAGACUGAACUCAACGGCACCUUCUGUGUCCAGGUUGACUCAGUAUUGGACAUCAGUCAGCCUGUGUAUGCUCAGAUGCAGAAGUGGAAGGGCUCAGAUUGUGCCAACGACGAGGUCUCUGAUGUUACACAGGCCACCCAGAGGCCCUGGGAAACCAGACCAACCCGUAUGCUACUAUUGCAGGUGACAGAUGGAGUCCAGAGCUUGGAGGCCAUGGAGUAUCAGCCUGUCCCUGCACUCAGCACAGCUCUCAGGCCUGGUGUGAAGCUGCAGCUGCGAGGGCAGAUGGUAUGCAGACUUGGGAUGCUUCUGUUGGGGCCGUCCAACAUCAAGGUCCUGGGUGGUGAAGUGGAGGACCUGGUGGAGAGGAAUAACCAGGGCAGGGUGCUGUGUCGGACGCUAGGACUUCCUGAGGAGCAGCAGGAGGCCCCACCAGCACCACAACAAGGUAACCAGGAAGUGGAGGAGCUGGAGCUGGAUGACGCAGAGUUGUUGGCCAGCCUGGAGGCCCAGGAGGUGGUGGUGGCAAGGGUUCCGGUCGGGUCUGUUCGAGACAGCGGCUACGGGUCGCUCAGCGAGGUCUCCACUCAGUCCUCGAGAAGCUCCUCUGUCAGGAGCCUCGUCUCAACAGCCUCAUCCAGAAGUAGUUUGAUCCAGAGCAACAGAGGUGGUUCAGUCCAAGGUCGUCACCACGGUAACCAACAAGAGGAUUCCGACCUCUUUGACCCCUCGAUUCAACAACAGACCCCAGAUCACAACAUGACGGACGAAGACUUUCCUGAUGAAGACUUUGAUGAUCUUCCCCUGGAUGAGUUGGACUGUGUGAUUUUUCAAGAAAGCACAAAUGGUACUAUGCAGCCUGACAGCAGUCACAGAAGCACGCCACAGAACAACAACAGGGUAACGGGAAAUGCUAACAGAGCAACAAAAGCCCAAACUGCUCAAUCUGAGCAGCUCACUCUGAAUGGCUCUGGGUCACGGCUUGGUUCUAGCAACUCCAGAUGCACCACACAGAAAAGAGACCAUCAGGGCUGCACUAGAGCCGCUACAGGGCCGAUGUUUUCCCCAGCAGCAGCAGCAGCUUUAGAGCCAUCACAUGAGUUAGAAUUUGUUACUAAUGAUGAUUUCAUGGAUGAAGAUAUGGACUGCUUUCUUGCAGAGGUAGAAACUGGGGGGGCAAAUCAGCUCCCUGUUCAACAAGGACCCAGUAGAGACAGAGAGAGCUCUACCAGCUCAGCCUCUGCUCUCACUCUGACCUCUCCACCUUUUACAUAUUUGCGCCUGCUAGAAGACACAAUGUCCAAACCGCAACCUCGCGCCACGGAGAUCCGCGUCAAAGCUUUCAUCGUGACUCUCUUGGGGAAACUGAGCAGCAGCAACGGUCUUUGGCGCGUCUGCGCUACGAUAUCUGAUGGAACCGGUUACCUGGACGCGGAGCUGUCCGAUGAGGUGUUAACGGGCCUGCUGGGCUUCUCCGUGGCGGGAAAGGCGGCUCUGAAGCGUGACCCGGCCCGGAGAGGCGAGCUGGACAGCGGGAUGAGGAGGUGUCAGGAGGGGCUGGUGGACAUGUGCUGUGUUAUGACCAUCGUGGUUGAACCGGACGGCAGCAGAGCCGUGGUGACCAAGGCGGACCCCGUCAAUGAGAAAGUAUUCCAGGAGCUGGAGCAGAGGGCGAGAGACAGGAGAAAAUAGACACAGAGAAGUGGUGGAGGGGGAGUGGGCGAAAAUGAGAAAAUUACAGGCAGCGGAGAAGAAUAUUGCCCUUAAGCAGAGAUGAAAAAUUGCAAAUAUAAGCAUCGCCUUAAAAAUCCUCCCUCAUGUAAUGAAACUAAGGUGUUUUUUUUUUAUAAUUGGUGAUCAACCUGCCCGUCUGCUUCAGAUUUGGAGAGCAGAAUGUGUGAACUGGAUGUCUGAUGAUCAGCACGCAGCGUGUCGCAAUGCAUCCCAUCUGCUAUAUGUGAAUGUGACAUGCUGUCAUUUGUCAUUAGAGGAUUUCAUUCAUCUAUUCAGAGAGCUAUUUUCUGCUCAAAACGCACCGCAUCGCUCCCAAGCAAAGCAAACAGCUCUAUAAUAUCUAAAUGAUCGGUUAUCAACAUGUUGUAACAUAAAAAACUAUGUGAAGAGAGGAGAGAAGUAUGAGAGGAGGGAAUCAGGGCAGAAAAUAAUUCAUAUUCUGAUUGUUGUAAUGAAUUGCCAGCCUUUGCAUUCAUUCAGUACAUCCAUUCGUUCUGACUGAAAUUGAUUGAAUAUCCAAGGGCAGCGUGGGUUUAAUCUUCUUUAAUAAACUCCCCCAGAGGAGAAUGAGAGGAAAGGGAGAUAAAGGAGAGGCCAUGAGCUUCGAUUAUUUCUGUUCAUUACAGAGGCUCAGCUAUGUUUUUAAUCUUUGAUUAAUAUAUGUACCCCAAAUUAAAUGCCUUGUCUGUUUUUACUGUACAUUGUUCUGAUUUUACAUUUUUCUUUUACAGUCUUUGACUAAUAAAACAUGCUUGAAGUAA